AACAAGCAUUUUCUUACCCAAAGUGGACCGUAUACGGAUUUGACGGUUUUCACAAAUUUCGCAACUUUUUCAAGAGACUUCUCUUCUUCCUACUGCUCAGUUCUCUGUGCAACUUCGCAUCUACUGUCAGGAAGCUCUACUAAGACUAAGGCAUCUGAUAUUACUUUACUGAGAACAACCAAUGUAUCCUGGUGGGUAUACUAUUGAGGUAACUACCCUGUCUCCCAGAGCAACAGAAAAAGAUGUUCGUGACUUCUUCUCACAUUGUGGUGUUAUUGAACAUCUUGAAAUCAUCAGGUCUGGUGAAUAUGGAAGUACUGCUUAUGUGACAUUCAAAGAUUCUUAUGCUCUGGAAACUGCUGCCUUACUCAGUGGAGCCACAAUUGUUGAUCAACGUGUGUGCAUCACUCGUUGGGGAUCUUAUGUAGAUGAAUAUGAUCCUUUUAGUGAUGCUUCAUGGAGAAGAGCAGAUACUUCCACUGACUCGGUAUCUCAGAGCAACGCAUUUGUUUCUACCCCAGGAGAAGCUGUGACAGUAGCCCAAGAAGUUGUCACGACCAUGAUUGCUAAGGGAUACGAUUUAGGAAAGGAUGCAUUGAGUAGGGCGAAAGCUUUUGAUGAGUCUCAUCAUGUUACAGCCACUGCAGCUGCAAAAGUAGCUGAGCUGAGCAAUAAAAUUGGGCUUACACCAAAACUUUAUGCAGGUAUGGAAGUUGUCAAGUCUGUGGAUCAGAGGUACAAUGUUUCUGAGACAACAAAAUCCGCUGCCUUGUACACUGGAAGAACAGCGGCUUCAGCUGCCACUGCUGUUGUUAACAGCAGCUAUUUCUCUAAAGGAGCUCUUUGGGUUUCUGAUGCUCUCAGCCGAGCAGCUAAAGCAGCAGCUGAUUUGGGUAGUAACGCUGGUAGUAGAUAAACGUAUGUCCUGUAUGUAAAAAUGUAUAGGCGUAUAGCAUUCCCAUAUUGGAUUUGAGGGAGUGCUAGUUAGUCAUCAAGAUUUGUGAAUUGUGCAAAUGACACCUCCAUAUAUCCCCAAUCACCCCCUCUUCCUUUGUACUCAUCAACGAAAACCCUCCUAUUAAAUGAAGGAAGUUAUACGAGAUGGCACCAUGGUACAAUAUUUUUUUACCAAUCUACGGUUUUGAUUAUUGUUGGCUGAGCUGCGAGAGCAUGUUGGAAUACAGUCCAAUUUGUUAGUAAAUAUUGCCAUCAAAAUUGGACAAUUAACGACACUUCAGAAUGUGUAUAAUUACUUACUGUGCUACAGAACAUUUCUGUAUUAUAAUAGAGAUUAAGAGGUAGCAUUCCUGCACAGUCAUCAUCCCAAUGGAAAAUAGGCUAAUGGUCAAUUAAUUGGCUACCCAUGGCGAGCAUGACCAGAUGCCCCUGAACUCAAUCCUUUGAUGCACACUCAUGGCUAUGGCGCUGGUGUUGCGUUACUAGAGUGUAGAGUCUAAGUAUCUAACUCAAGCUCAAGCUGUCCAUCGACCACGAGUUGUUAGUAAUAGAUUUAUUACUUCACUUGAGCUAUAGAAAAUAAUUUUAGUUCCUAGGUAUUGAAUAAUUACAUGGGUUAUUUGAUGUGCA